UUGCAUUUUUACCGGCAUUUUAAAGAGAAUACAAUCCAAUACAAACCUUGACAAUUGUUAAAAACAUGAAUAAAGCCUCGCGACUCUUCUGGCCAGUGCUGGUCACUCCCAAAAAUGCCGUCGUAAAGCAAACGGAACAACUGUCGCGAAGUCAAAAGCUUCUGACCGAAUUGGGCCUGGUCAAAUCGGGCAGCAAUGGCACCUACCAAAUCAUGCCCAUUGCCCAGCGAUCGGUGGAAAAGUUAAUUGGCUUGGUUGACGGCAAUAUGCAGCGAGCUGGAGGCCAAAAGAUCAGUCUUCCGAUUCUAACACCCACAGGCCUGUGGAAGAAGACGGGACGACUGGAGGGCGACAUAUCAGAGUUCUAUAUGGUGCGGGACCGCAGCGGCAAGCAGUUUCUCAUGAGUCCAACCCACGAGGAAGCGGUGACUGCCAUGGUGGCCACGACGGCACCCAUUUCUUAUCGCCAGUUGCCGCUGCGCCUUUACCAAAUUGGACCCAAGUUCAGGGAUGAGCUGAAGUCACGCUUUGGCCUGAUGCGAGCCAAGGAGUUCCUCAUGAAGGAUAUGUACACAUUCGAUGUCUCAGAGGAGACUGCCAGGGACACGUACUCCCGGGUUAGCGCUGCCUAUGAUCGCCUGUUCAAGCAGCUAGAGGUGCCCUUUGUUAAAGUGAAUGCUGCUACGGGCAUGAUGGGUGGCAGCCUGUCCCACGAGUAUCACUAUGUGUCGCCGGUGGGUGAGGACACACUGAUGCAAUGCAGCGCCUGCGGCUUUGCCGGGAACGCAGAGGUGCUGGACUCUGCCACCACAGAGUGUCCCAACUGUCGGAGCUCGCAGCUCAGUCAAGUACGUGGCGUCGAGGUGGCGCACACCUUUUUGCUCGGCGAGAAGUACUCAAAGCCGCUGGGCGCCACGUAUCUAAACACCUCGGGCAAGCCGCAGUCGCUGGUGAUGGGGUGCUACGGCAUUGGCAUUACGCGCGUACUCGCCUCCGCCCUGGAAGUGCUGUCCACCGAUCAGGAGCUUCGCUGGCCCAAGCUGCUGGCUCCCUACGAUGUCUGCCUGAUUGGACCAAAGCAAGGCAGCAAAGAGCAACAGCCCGCGGAGGCUGUGGAGAACGAGCUGCUGCAGCACUUAGGACAGAUCUGCGGGGCCCAGGAGUUGCUGCACGACGACCGCAAGGAGCUGACAAUUGGCAAACGUUUGCUGGACGCCAAGCGACUGGGCCACCCGCUCACGAUAGUGGUGGGCGCGCGGGCUGUGCAGCAGGAGGCACCCAAGCUGGAGCUGCACGUGAGCGGCGGCGAGAAGCUGGAACUGGACAUAAGCGAAGCCCUCAAACUGGUGGCGGAGCAUAGUCGGCAAAAGAAGAGCCUGCUGGCAGGGAGAGUGCGGGAAGUGGAAGAGUCGAGGAUAAGUCAAUCCAUUGGCCAUCAGCUUUAGCUUUAUGUA